AUGGCGGCCGAGCCGGGCGGCGGGAGGCCCGGGCCGCACCGGCCGCUGCGCGCUGCCUGCCCCGCCUGCCCCGCCGCGCUCCUCCUGCUGCUCCUGCCGCUGCUGCCGGGCUGCGGCCGCGCCGCCGCCCUUCCCGCCUCCUCCUCCUCGCCCUGUCAGCACGGCGUGCCCCGCGGCGCGGAGGUGGUCUAUCAGGUUCCUCUGAAGGAGAACCGUGUCUUGAAGAGGAACGUGGAUCAGCAGCUGAGAAUUAAGAUCAUAUAUGAUGGAAGCGUUGAGGACUUGCUACCAGAGAAAAGACACCUCAUAAAGAACAAACUUUUUCCACAAGCUAUAUCUUACUUGGAGAAGACCUUUCAAGUCCGUAAAUCCACGGGUACUAUAUUACUAAGCAGGCAGUGUGCCACAAACCAGUACUUAAGGAGGAAGGCUGAUCCCCACAGGUACUGCCGAGGGGCCUGCGCAAGCCACACAAGGUGUGGGCCAGUUAUAGUUCCUGAGAAACACCUCCAGCAAUGCAGGGUGUGCAAUGAGACUGAGUGGCUGUGUGGACCCAUGGGCUUACCUGACCAGGAGGGUGUUCGAGAUGCUGACUUUGUGCUGUACGUCAGUGCUCUCACUACUGAAAGGUGUGGCCAUGAAAAUAUCAUUGCAUAUGCAGCCUACUGCCAACUGGAAGCUGAGAUGGACAGGCCAAUAGCAGGAUAUGCUAACUUGUGUCCAAACAUGAUUUCAACGCAAGCUCAGGAAUUCGUUGGCAUGUUGUCUACGGUGAAACAUGAGAUAAUCCAUGCACUGGGUUUCUCUGCUGGACUGUUUGCGUUUUAUCGGGAUGAUGAUGGAAAACCUUUGACAACAAGAUAUGCAGAUGGACUCCCUCCUUUUAAUGAAAGCCUGGGUUUGUAUCAGUGGAGCAACAAAGUCGUUCAUAAAGCAGUGAGGUUGUGGGACAUCCGUGGUGGCAAAAUGCUGCGCCAUGCUGUCUAUCUUCUGAUAACACCUCGUGUAGUUGAAGAAGCUCGAAAGCAUUUUAACUGUCCAAUUCUAGAGGGAAUGGAGCUUGAAAAUCAAGGUGGCAUGGGAACGGAACUCAAUCACUGGGAGAAGAGGUUGUUGGAGAAUGAAGCAAUGACUGGCUCCCAUACACAGAAUCGAGUCUUUUCCAGGAUCACCUUAGCAUUGAUGGAAGACACAGGCUGGUACAGAGCAAAUUACAGCAUGGCAGAGAAAUUAGAUUGGGGACGUAAUAAAGGCUGUGACUUUGUAAUGAAGAGCUGUAAAUUCUGGAUCGACCUAAAGAGACGAAAGAGGCAAUUAAUCAGCCCAUACUGCGAUACUUUGAGGAGUAAUCCUUUGCAGUUAACCUGCAGGCAGGACCAAAGAGCAGUAGCAGUGUGCAACUUGCAGAAGUUUCCAAAGCAGUUACCUCAGGAAUAUCAGUAUUUUGACAAUCUUAAUGGAGUACCAGCUGAAGAACUGCCUUUUUAUGGUGGCUCAGUAGAAAUUGCUGACUAUUGUCCCUUUAGUCAAGAAUUCAGUUGGCAUCUAAGUGGUGAAUUUCAACGCAGUUCAGACUGCAGAAUAGUUGAAAAUCAACCAGAUCCUACCAAAAACUAUGGUGCAGAGAAAUAUGGACCAAACUCUGUAUGUCUUAUUCAGAAAUCUGCUUUUGUCAUGGAACAGUGCAGGAGGAAACUCAGUUACCCUGACUGGGGUAGUGGAUGUUAUCAAGUUUCUUGUUCUCCACAAGGGCUGCACGUGUGGGUCAAGGACACUGUGUACUUGUGCAGCCGCUCAGGUCAGGUUUUAACUGUGAGCAUUCAGAUGAAUGGCUGGAUCCAUGUUGGGAAUCUGAUUUGCCCAGCCUGCUCGGACUUCUGUGACUCCUGUCCUCCAGAGCGGGAUCCUCCAGCUUCUAACUUAACCAGAGCUGCACCAAUUGACUUAUGCUCCUGCUCCUCUAGCCUGGUUGUAACCCUUUGGCUACUGAUGGCUAACUUAAUUCCCCUGCUAACAGGAUUAUUUCUCUGCUCAUAGAGUUGAGCAUGGGGCAAGAUGUUCCAAGAUGAUAGACCAUCAUGUUGCACUCCUUACUGUGGAGCACUGAGAUUUUUGUCUCUGCAGGCAGCUGUCUUCUGCUGAUCCUCGUCUCUCCUGGCAAGUAUCAGUGCUGACCAUAGUCAGGGAGGUACUGACAAAAGCAGCCAGAGUUUGAGAGGAGGAAAAUUUACCUUGCCAUCUCAAUAAGUGCCAGUAUUUUCCUGAAUUGCAACCUUUGAUUUGUUUUGAUGGAGUGAGAAGACCCACUAAGCCAACUGUGUUAGACUACCUGGCAACUCAGUCAAAAUGUGAAACGAGAGCUUUUCUGUAAUAGAGCUGAGGGUUGUUUGUUUUUUUCUUAUGUCCUCUGUGUUACUGGUAGCAAAGAAUCCUCAAACUGGAAAUAUACCUCAGUGGUUUAGUCAAAAGCCAUGUAAAAACCAGUUGUCAUCAUAGCUAAUAGCCCAGGCCUAAACAAGUGUGGGAUUUUGGAGGUUUUUUGUCAAUUCCUACAAUUUUUGGGGAGAAGAAAUAAUUUAAUGAGAGAGUGCAGGGGUUGGCAGUUGUCUCCACAACUCAGUUCUGCAGCUGUGAGGCUUCUCAGAAUUCAUAUUAGUUUGUGGUAAAGCAGCUCAUUCUUGGGGCUCACUUAAAUCUUUCUACAUGCACAAAGUGAAAUUUCAGACUGGAAGCCAAGACAACUGUCUAGAAAUCCCAUUGUCAUUUAGCACGUGCCACUUCUUCUCUGAAAUUUAAUAUAUCAAAUGUUUGAAUAUUCUGAGUAAUUUACUAGGCAAAUGCAUUUCAGUACUAUCCUCAGUCUGUAAAAUGGGGAUAAGUUUUCUGAUUAUUUUUUAUUUUGUUGGUUUGUUUCUUAAAUAAUGACAUUAUUAAUUUCUGAAUAGCAUGAAAAUCAAUGCAGCUGUUCUUACUUUUUUGUUGAAGGGCAAACCAGUAGAGAUGGCAGCUAUAAUCUUACAGAACCAUAUUGAUUUCUCUAGACCAAAAACUAUAUUGAAUGUAUAAAAAAAAGUCUAAUUUGGCUUCCCCCUCCCCCCUCCACUUUUUCUCAGACAUAUAAAUACUAUGGAUUAUUUGACUAUUUGUAAUACGUUAGAGAACCAGACAUUUUAAACCACACGGGGGCGCAUCUUGGUACAAAAAUAAUCAUUUUAUGGACAAAAUAUGUAAGGGGAAGGAAAUGGACAAACUUAAGGACAGCUGCUCUAUAGAACACUUGUAAGGAUGUUUUUAUUUGUUUCUGACUCUGUAAUGUGUUACAAAUAAUGCUGUUUGGAGUAAAAGAAACUCCUAUGUAGUCCAACAUACUGUCUGUCCUGUUAGGAUAGUUUUCAUUCUUAGAACUGUGUGAAACUUGAGGGAGCCAGUGUGCCCAGUACAUUAAAAAAAAAAAAAAGGAAAUGCACAGUGGAAGAUGAUGUUUUUCUGCUUCUUAAAUAAGCUGUGAUGUUAGAAUUGUCAGUGACUAGAUCCCAUUCUAAAAUGAAAGGUAGGGGGAUAAAAAGGGCAGGGAGUAAAAUUUCUGUAGCUACAGUUAAACUUGUUUGAUAAUAGAACUUCCAUUGUAAUUGUAAGUAAAUCUUUGUGCCUACUGGACCUGUUUUUUUGUAUUUAGAGAAACUCUUAGGUUACUGCUGAGGAGAGUAAGCUGCAACCUAAAACUGUCUGAAGGCAUCACAGCUGGGAGAGUACCUUGCACUGGGCUAGGUCCCCUUCUUAGCUGCAGGUUAAGUUUGGAUUGUACAAGGCCUAGGCUAGCCUUAAACAGACGUUUCUGAGAAGCAAUACAAACUAGGAAUCAAAUGCUUUAAAUGUGAACAAGUUCCAAUUAAGAAACACUCAGAUUAAUAAGUGAACACUAAUUAUUUUCAUAUAUGCACAAGCAACAGUUGGUGUAAAUAGAUUUCUUUAAAACAUAAAGGUUUGAGAAUACAUCUUAUGUCCCAGAGGUUGGUAUUGUAUUUUUUGUCUGUUGUGCAAUAAUACAGCUUAAAUGGUAUCACUCAACAACAAUGCUUUUGAUACUUGAAAAGAAAUUACUGUUUAUUUUUUCUUACUGUGAAAUAUUUGCACUGUCUGAACUUUCUGGUUGACUUUAUAACUGUUAAACUUUUUUACUGGUGUUAAUUUAUUGUGCUUGGUAAUUAAUAUGCUUGUCUCCUGUCUGUGAAAGUGUGAGGUUUGUUAUAUUUAAGUGAAUAUUUUUAUCUUCUACACAGCUGUUUCUCUUGAGGGCUUUUCUUCUUUUAUUCUCUCUUCCUGAGAAUUAACUGAAAGAUGGCUUAAAAAGUCAAUGCUUUCCUACUUCUAAAUUGAAAGCAUUAAUUAAAGAAAGAGGCUGUAGUGUGUUGUACCUACAGGGAAAAACCUGUCAGAGCUCUUGUGAUCAGAUUCAUCAGUACCUGCUGAGUAGCUGCAUCAGUGAAUCCAGUGAAGUAAAAUACUGCCUUAAUAAUCUGAGACUUCAGUCUUAAUUUCUUUGACAUGCAGCCCUUCAACUGGCUGUGAACUGCAGAACUGGACAUGAUUUUGGGGAGGGGAAGAUAUUUGAGCUGGCAAAAUCCAACAUGUUGGUGCAUUAGCAGCUGUAGCUGUGUUGGAACUGCCAAGAAAUGUCAAGUUCAAUUGAAAGUGAGAAUGGAUUGGUGUCGGAGAAAAAGCAUAUCUGAGUAAAAUGGACUACCUCAGUUCUGUUUGUGUUAAACUUUCAGGCUGCUGUGAACUUCCAGAUCUUAAGAUGGAUUAAGUAAAAACAUGUCUCAGGUUUUUAAGAGCAAAAGAAAUACAGUAGGAAGCAUAAGCCAUUUUUGAGUGCAGAACACAGCUAAAAUUGUAGCUUAAACCAGUCAGUGAUGUAGCCUUAAGUGUAGUUUCCCCAGAAAAAGUUAGUUUUAAAUGAAUACAAAGUUUUCAGGCAGCUACUUUAGGUAUUCUGAACAUAUUGUGGCAAGUCCAUCCUAUUUAAUCUCUUACAUUUGAAAACUUUGAAAUAUAGCCCAAAUAAACCUUUGUGUUUUCACUAGAGUAGACAGGGCAGCAGGAGCCCUGAACUAGUGCUCAGAGACAAAGGAGUUAGCUUGUCUGUAGCAGAAACAUUUUCAGUAUGUUAAUGUCUGCAGUUUGAAUUUUUAAGAAACAUUCCAUGUUUGCUUAUGGAAAUGAAUUAGUCUUGUGAUCUGUUUUUACCCCAGCAGUUCAAAUCUAUAAUAUUUCAAUUAGGAGUUGAGGCAAGUCAUACUUGAGGAACACAUUUUUGUAGUGUUACAAGGACAGCUUUUGGCUGGAGUAUGCAGUAAGUAAAGUUACACUGAAAAGCAGGCAAUUAAUUUCUCACUUCAAGAGUUGAGGUCUUGGGGGACUGUCCCAGCCUUGGAUGUAGGUUAAUUACCAAAAGAAUUUUGACCCCAUUAAUGGACUGUCAGUGCAAUGCAGCCUGUUUCUUUUGCUGCACACAGUAACUUUGGAAGAUGCGUGUCCCUUAAGAGCAGAUGUAUCCACAAUCCCUUCCAAGGGCCAGUUGUUUUUAAACCUUCCUGUCCUGUGAAUCUUUCUGCUUGAGUGUAUUUCACUGGAGUGGGAGGAGUGUGCCCUUUGUUCCCCACAUUUCCUAGGAGUGAUGUUCAGCCCCCUGAGCAGGUUGAGAUCUUUCCCUGCAAGAUUUAACAAGCAGCUUUCACUUGGCUGAAUGCAUCCUCCUCAGGGUUUGGGACUCUUUGUAUAUUAAAUAAUGUGGUCUCACACUACCAGACUUCCAAAGUUCAAAUGUUGCCUUUUUAAUGUGAAGCUUACCUUGGAGAUAAAACAAUGGUUGUGAGAGAACUGGCUGACCUUUAAAAAGUGUUUCCUAUUUUGGUACAGAAUGUAAAUAUAGAACAAACUAUUUUACAUAGAGUUUGACUGGAUUGAGAUAUAAGGGCUAAUUUUUGUUAUUUAUGGAGUAAAAAUUUCCUUAUUUUGCUGGGUAAAAAAACCCAAACUAUGUCAUACAAAGGAAGAAAACAUUGUUCAUCAAUAAAAUGUAUGUAGAAAAUUGACUCUUUGUGUCCUUAUAUUUGAGAGCUGAUAAUUAUUAACUGCAAGAAUAAGCACAGUAAAGGACCUCCAUCACAACAGUCAUUUAUU